AUGAAUUCCGAUGUUCAUCAUUCUUCGUCCAACAUUCCGAAGGCCUUGAACCACAAGGAGGAAGGAAAUAAGUUUUUCAAACUGAAAAAGUAUGAUCGAGCCAUUGAGGAAUAUUCAAAGGCUAUUCAACAUGAUCCGAAUGGUGCCGUAUAUUAUUCCAAUCGGAGUGCAUGUUAUCAGCAAUUAAGUGAUUAUAAAAACAUGAUCCGUGAUGCUUUGGAAGCACUUAGGAUUGAUCCAUCGUUGGCAAAGGCUUAUUUUAGACUUGCAAAAGGAUAUUCCGAAUUGAAUCAACACGCAAAGGCUUAUUCUGUCUUGUGCCGAGCUUUGAAUAUUCGUGAUGAUGAGUCUGAUCAACAAACAAACACGAGUGAAACCAAAGAAUGGUCUCUCCCUCAAGAGGAAAAAUCAAUUUUGGAAGGCGAAUUGAAAAAAUGUAUUCAAAAGUUGAACGAAGAGCAAUUGAAAUAUGAAAAGAAUCAAGAGUCACCUCUCAUUAAUCCAUUUUCAAAUUUAAAUUCAAACAUGCUUUCCUCUUCACGAAGAAUUGAAAUGGAAAUGAGAAAGGAAUAUUAUUUAAACCAUUUCACAUCAAGUAAGGAGGUAAAAGUGAAAAUUAUUGACUUGUUGGAUGACAUUUUGAGACCCAUGAAAAAAACCUUGAUGGAAUUUGCAACUUCUCAACAAGAAACAAAUGACAACUCUGGCAAAGUCAUGCUUGGAGAUGGAGAGCAACAAAAGAUCAACCAGGAAAUGCAAAAAAGAUCUCUCCCUACGAGUAGGUUAAAUUGGAGAUUUCAAUGUAAGAAAAUUUGUGAAGUAUUCAAUACCAGAGAAGUUGAAUUCAAAAAGGAGGGCAUUCAGGUGUUGUCACUGUGUGGCAUAUCAUUAACUUAUUUUGCUCGGCCUGAAGUCGCUUACAAAAUGGCAAAACAAUUACUUGUGAAUAACUCUAAAAGAUUCAAUGAGUUGACUGUUCAUGAGAGAGCUCAUACAUGGGUGAUAAUGGCCCAAUCUUAUUUAUUUUGGAAGGGAUUUCAAAAGAAUGCUGUCGCAUCCUCUGCACACUAUACCUCAUACAAACCUUUACAAUUUCUCAGAAAUGCUCUUAAUUUAUUGGGACAAAUUGAAAAGGGUUCGAAUGACAGCAAUGUGAAGCACAUUUUAGUAUGGACUUAUAUUUCACUCAUUACUCAAAUGUGCCCUCAUGGUGACGAGUUAUUGGUUGCCAAGACCGAUUUAGAAUCGUUGCUGCAAGACAUGUAUCAGUUACUCUUUAUUUUGGACUCAUCCGAGUAUUCAGAAGCAGCUCACACAAUCACAGUCAUUCAAGAAGGUCUUCGAUUUUGGUUCUCGUAUUUGCAACACAUACCAGAGGCCUCUGAUCAAUUCCAAAGAUUAGUCCUUCUCUCCGAUUCUGAAGUGACCACACUCAGCGUAAAGUUAUUUAACGAGUUUCAUAGUGCAAGUUUACCAUUACCAAAAGUUUGUCUUGACAAAUUCUUUUUGUAUGCUCUUUCUGAAGGACAAAUGUUACGUUCUAAUAUUGAGUCAUUUAUACGAAGUGUGAGACUGGGAUUAAUAUCACUCACUGAAAAAUUGUAUAGCAGCAGAGAUUCAUUGAGCGGAGAGGCCUCACAACCAAAGAAGGGAUUUUUACAACCUGAUUUGUAUCCGUUGUUUUAUGCUGUUGCAUUGCAAAGCUUUCACUCACGAUAUUGUUGCAAACAAAGCGACAGAGAAGUUGAAUUAUUACAAAGAUGUGAGACACGCUUCAACUAUCUUGUCAAGGCUCUCCAUACCACUAUGCAACAUCAAAAGCUGAAUCUAUGCGACUCCACAUUUGCUGAACUGCACAAUUUACUGGUCUUGAUCAGCAUGUAUCGUCCUAUUUAUGAAGUUACGUGUGAUAGCACUAACCUGCAACAAGUUAUUCAUGUUUCUCAUCGAGACUAUCCGUACCUAUUAAGCAAAUUACUGUAUCACACCCUAAAAAUUCCAAAAAAGAUGGAAAAGUCAAUUUCGAAAGAGCCUUUUUCAGCUGAAGACAGCACUCAAAGAACACGUUUGUUGAAGGAAUUUUAUGAUUCACAAACCAUUCCCUUUGAUCACGAUUUUUACACACCAAGUUCAAAUGUUAUUACCUCCACUUUAAAAAUUCACAAAGAAAUUGAAUGGAAUUAUCCAAAUGAAUAUUGGCCAAAAGGAUUUGAUGAAAGCGGACAGAACUUGGAAUUUUUGUUAAUUGGAAGCGGAUUUACUGAAACGGAUAUUACAAGAUUUUUACAUCGCUCACAACCCUGUGCAUUGACUUGUGUGGAGUUGGGAAGUGAUUCAAAUUACUUGUUCUGUAAAGAGAUGUUUAAAAACGAACUUGGAAAGAGUUUGCACAUGAUUCGAUUGAGCCAGAUUAGUAAUUUGACUCAAGUUUUAACAAACAAUAAUGUAGAAACUCAAAGAAAUCCAUUUGAUUACAUUUCAAUCAAUGUGGAUGCUUUGGGUAGUUCUAAAAGUUCUCUCACUUCUCUCAUGACAUCAACAACCUUCAUUCGAGAGGGAUCUAUUGUGAGGCUUUCACUUCCUUCUGUGCAUCAAGUGAAAAUGGUUAAAAAUAUUAGAGAUUUUUUAUAUCCACAUUUACGAGAUGUGUUUGAAAAGGAUGAUUUUGAUGGAAUUCCAACUUUAAAGAAGGCUCCAACAAGAAACGACUUGUUGAUUGCUCGUGAAUUAUUACGAAAAGAGAAACCAUUUUCUGAUUUUAUUUACAAAAUUUCCGAAUUUUAUAAUUUGAACUCAUUUUGUAACUUGAUAUUUUCACCACUCAUUGAGGAAUUUUCCAUAAGCACACACGGAACGGACAACUCGAAACAUGAUAGUUUUGGAGCUGGUUUUACAUUUGAAAGCAUGUCACAAUUGCUUGAGAAAGAGUUGGGCCUUCGAGUGAUCGGAAUUGUCACAUCCUCAAUGCCAUUCCAUAACAUUGUAGGAGAAUAUUUUGAGGAGACCAAAGACUUCAAGUUGAAGAAUUGGAAAUUGAUGGAUGCAUUUGCAGCAAAAAGAGUUGAAUAUUUUCAAGCCCCAAUACAGGUACUUUGUGAAGUUCCCGUUAAGAAAGUCGAAGUGGACAAGAAGAAGGAUCCUCUUGGUUUGAAAAAGUAUUUACAUAAAUAUACCUCCAAGUAG